AUGAGCCAUGAUGACAAUUCAAAUGCUGUCGAUACACAACAACAGAACGAUCAUCAAAAUCUUCCAACCACAACAAUAACAAACGACGAAAAUAACAAUUUUGAAAGUGUUACAACACUUAAUAAUAAUAGUUUGGACUCGAAUCAAAAUUUUUCAUAUUCCGAUAACACAAAAUCCGAUAUUUUAGGUUUAUUUGAUGAUGAUGAUGAUGAAGAGGAUGAUGAUUAUCAGGAUUUGAACGAAGAUGAAGAUAUAGAAUUGGAAAAUUUUGAUUGGAUCGAUUGGGAUGAUAUGAUACUGCCUGAUGAUGAGUUUGAUGGUAGUUCUAGUCAAGCUAAACGAGGAAGGAAGAAAUAUCAAAAGUUUGAAAAACCAUCAGUUUUACCUAGUAUACGACCCAAAAGUCCAACAAAGCAGACAACAGCUAGCUCAAACUCUGUAAAUAUGUUAAACAAUGUACAAAUACCAUCACAACCUUACCAAUUUCCAUUUCCACAGAUUAUGGCACCUCAAUUAUUUCCACAAAGUGGUGCAACUAAGAAUUUCAACCAAUUUCCAAUAGUUCCUUCUACGAUAUUUCCAACAUAUGACCUGAUGUUCUCUAGAGGAGUUAAUUUGCCAAAUGCAUCAACAAGUAGUAAUGUUGUGGCAUCUUCAUCUAAUGCAUCUGUUCCAACUCAAUCAAGCCCAUCAAGUCCUCCUUCUUCCUCUAAUAAUUCAAUAUCCAGUAUAUUCUCAUCCCAAAGUGUAAUAUCAGAUGAGCAAAUGAAGGAAUUGCAAUAUCAAAUUCAAACACAUACUCAAUUACUGUUUUAUAACUAUUUCCUAUCAAGUUUUAAUCAAGAAUUAAAGGAAUUGAACAAGAAAUUCAAAAAUCUCAUCACUUCCUAUUUAGUUAUCAAGAAAGAGGCUGUAAAUAACAAAAUGAGAAAAUUAUUAUAUUUAUUUAAUGUUUCUAAAGACGUUAAAAUUGUAAAUUUAUUAGAUGGAUCAAAGAAGGUUACUCUAACCGAAAAUUCAUUCACUCCAAACGAAAGAAACGAAGAAAGAAAUGUUGAAGAAUGGAUUGAACUGCUUACUACCUCAAUACUGGAUGUGGAAGGAAUUGAUUCAAUGGAUAUAUUUAUUGAUUUUGACUAUUCUUUCUUUUAUAUCAACAAUCAAAUUAAUUGGGAAUUAUUUGUAAAAUUUUUAAAACCUUUCAAGUUAUUUUCAAAUCAAAGCUUGUUAGCAGAAAUACAGGAGAGUAUUUACUACUUGAAUACAACUGCAGAAAGAGGAAUAGGAUCUAAAAGAAUGGUUUUUACAAUACCUGAGGAUAAUUUACUCUUGAUUGGCCUUAAAAAACAUUGGAAACCUGGAACAACAAUUAAGUGGGAAAGAAUCAGAGAUGAGUUCGUUCCAAACAAGUCAUCGAAACAACUAAGAGUCAGAUAUAAAAAUAUGAUAGGGAAAAGAGCAGCAUCUCUAGAGUUUAAUCCUUUCAAAACGUUCAGAACUAUUGCAGAAGAAACAAACCAACAACAUGAAGGUAGUGGUAGUACCAAAAAGAAAGAUGAUAGUCAAGUAGAUUAUUCAUAUUUAUUCGAGUCAAUCAAACUUUUUAAAAUAACAAGCAAAUUAACAAGGAAAGAGAUUCCAGUAAGUUACAAAGACCUAAGCAAAAUACACACCUAUGUACCUAGAGAUAAUAUUUCUGAAUCAGAGUCAGAUUUGGACCAAACAAAAGAUACAGGCGAAAAGAAGAGAAAGAAGAAUGAAAAAAUCAAUCCAAAGAAAAAGAAGAAACAAGAUACAGAGGAUAUAACAUCCCUUGAAAAUAAUUUAUUAACCACAGAAAAGAUAGACCAAAUAGUAGCAGUUCAACCACAAGUAGAAAUUCCACCUAUUAUUGAAAAUCCAAUAAUUGAACAACCAAUUAAUCCAUUGAAUGAAAGUAGUCUCAGUGAAGUAUUUUUGAAGCCUGAUUUGGAGUUAUCCACUUCAAAGAUACUACCAUUCGAAGAUGUUGGAUCGAUUGACUCAUCUUCUGAUGAAGAAGAUAAUGUACAUCAUGUAGAAAAGGAUUCUGAGAUUAUUCAUGAUGGAAUAGUACACAAAUUUACAUAUGAGGACGAUAGGCAUAUUUUGGUUACUCUUCAAACUAAGGGUCUUCAAAUUGGAACGUUGAUUGUUGGUGAUGAAUUUGAUAGUGUUUUACUUGAUAUUGCUAAGGAAUUGAGUAGAUCAAAACAAGUUAUCAAAGCAAGAUACAAUAAGAUUAUCUCAAUUAAUAAGAAAUAA